AUGGCGAUCUUGCCUCGAACAAUCUUCCAAAGCCCGAAGAUCGCCUCUCAGCUCGAAAAGCUUCGAACACAAUUUGAUGUGCCAUUACUCGGUGCAAGCACUGGACCGCACUUCAAAGGUGCAGUUGUUGGCACUCGGAAGAUUGGUACCAAUGUCAAUGCCACUAUGAACGAUAUAUACUCCAUCGGCUCCAACGGCAAGGCUAUGACUUGCACGGUUAUUGCUAUCUUGGUCGAGGAGGGGGUGCUCUCAUGGCAAACAAAAUUAGGAGAUGUUCUCAGGGACUACCCCAUGCUUGACGUCUAUCGAAAUGUGACCGUCGAGCUUCUCACUUCCCACCGCAGUGGUAUAACCGAUUACGCAGCAGAGGUCGACGCGUUUUUCGCGCCCCUAAUCAACGAUACCGCCCCUGUCGGCAGAGUAAAAAUGGCGAAAGAGACUCUCUCAAAGCCAACCAACGGGACCCAAGGCAUCUGGAACUAUUCCAACAUGAACUACGUUCUCGCUGGCCUGAUCAUCGACAUCCUCACUGGCAAACCUGCCGAGGACGCCUUCCAGUCCCGGCUCUUCAAGCCUUUGGGCAUGUCUUCCGCCGGGUUUGGACCCACACCUCAGAGCUCAAUCACGGCCAUCGACAACCCAUGGGGCCAUAUCCAAACCGAUUCCGGACCCGUUGCAGUCGGUGACGGCGAAGAGAACAAAUAUCGCGACCUGCCAUCCAGCAUCAACACCGCAGGUCUCGUACACAUGAAGAUCCAAGACUGGAACAAAUUCCUCACUGCGCAUCUCCGCGCUACGCAGGGGCACACGACAAAGUCCCUCAAGCUCUCGCUUAGAGGCUUCGAAAAGCUGCACACCUCAGCACCUGGCCCAGAGCCCGAAGAGUUCCCCGGCUACGGCUAUACCUACGGUGGCUUCGCCCGUGGAGAGGAUACCUCGAAGCCCGGUAAUUAUAUCUUGACUCACUGCGGAAGUAAUGAUAGGAACUUCGCUUGCCAAGAUACGAUCACGGCAAAUGGGACGAUCUACAUGUCUUUUACGAACAUCGGUCCCCCUAUUGGAGAUACCGCUUCUCAGGCUGUCCUCUCUAAUUUGCGAAAUGGCACAAUUGUACUUUGA